GCCGCUUGCUCUUCGUCCUCGCACAAAUGAAGCCAUCGGAACUCGCCUAGGCUGGUCUUGUUGUUGAGGUGCAUGCCCCUCUUAGUUGUCAGAGCUGGAAAUAGGGCAGAUCUGUCUUCCCACCGACUCCCUCCUCGCGCGUUCAUUGGUCUUGUUGCACCAGUGCGCCAGUUUAGGAGACAAGGAGCGACAACAGCAGCAGCAGUUGUAUUGCUUCGUCGCGUACAUCGUACAAGAUGGAUACGUCCGAUCUGAAUGUCGCGCUCGUAGGGGACAGCGUCUUAGAUGACCACUACUGGCUCGAUCACCCUCCAAACGACGUUCGCGCACAAACUGAACGGACUCUCAAGAUCGCCUACCCGGAUCGGAGCAUUCGAGUGGACAAUUUCGCUGUCGAUGAAUCGACCAUCUCGUGUGUCUUACGAGGGCGUGCCCCAGCAGCCCACUACAGGAAUGGCCGAAGAAAGGCGAAGAUGGAGCCGUACCCGGUGGAAGAGGAUGGCGUGGUGAGACCAUUGAAGCUCUUGCGUGAAGCCAAACCUACGCACGUGGUGCUGAGUAUCGGAGGAAACGAUGCCCGCAUCCGUUUCUUGCAAUCCCGCAACCCGGAUGUGGUUACAGAGCUCAUGAUAACCGACGGCUUCGUGGCCAACCUCCGCCGGGUGGUGGAGACUAUUCGGGCCGAGAUAACACCCAACAUCAUCCUCGUGUAUGUAUAUAUGCCCGAGUUCAAGACUUUCCCUCUGCUGAGCAUGCUGCCACCGGCACGGAUCCUACAACGCCUACUGGUAAACUUCUCCAAGUUUUUCAUCGAGCUGGCUGUGGAGUUCCACCUGCCGAUCAUCGACCUGUCGAGGACCUUUGACCCCAACAACAAGAAACACUACGGAUCCACGCCAAUCGAGCCGUCAAACGUUUCAGGGCAGUUCAUCGCCGACCUUGUCGCGCAGGUGCUGGCGCGAUUCCGGUUCGGCGAAGAGGCUGGAGGAAAGAUCUUCUCCGGCACUGGGGGCGAGUUGGUGGUUCAUGACCUCGCCCCCGAUGCCGCUGCAAGGUUCUCGUACGGGCGAGAGCUGCAGGCGUUCUUCGAUCGCAAAGCCGCCGAGAAGCCGGCUACCUCCUGUGUCAUUGGAUAACGGCAAGGGUGUCAAUUGUCUUGUUGUUUCCCUUAGGGUUGGCGCUGGUUGAUGAAACGUAACCGGUGGGUGACGGAAACUACUAUUUACUGCUGUGCCCUGAGCCCAGAAAUUGAGUAGAUUGAGUAGCGCCAACAACAGCACGAGGAAAGCCGUGCUUACAAACAAAGGUCGUUGUUGUUGUUGUUGGUGUUGAACAACUACACGUGCGAGGGAGAGCAGCGUCAGUCAAAUGUCGGAGAAUGCUUUGCUUUCGUGUGGCGGAUACAGUGGAGUCGCGCAACGCUGUUUGUGCACUGUUAGGAUCUUCAAAAGCAAGUGCACAACGCAGCAUAUCUUCCUUUUCAUGUCUACUGGUUCUACUGAUGUUUUGUGACUGGGUUCGGUUUU